AUUAUUAUGCGCAUACUCAGGUUAAUUCAUUUAUUAUAUAUAUAUAUUUCAAGGUUGUUCUAUACACUUUACUUUUAACUUCCGUAUUUGACAUGGCCGAGAGCAAGUAUUUGAAAUACUUAUCCUAGUACAAAAAGAGAAUAUCUAGUUCCAAUCAUUGGGUAAUUGAAACUGAUGAAUGAAGUACCUCACUACCAACGAUAAAAUUAAUACUACCCCUAUUUUUCAUGGAUAUUUUUAAUGAUAGUAAACCAUAGAAGACAAAGAGUUCGUCAGAAAAUUGUUUCAUUUAAAGAACUUUGUAGAGCUGGUAAAGUUGAUCAUUUUGGUAAAAAAAAAACUUUUAAAUAUCCUCAAAGAAUGAUGAUAUUACGUUCAAAAUCCUCAAAAAGCGUCAAUUACUGCUCGACAGAAGUUAGGAAUAGCCGGAAGAUUUUGAGGAUUUGGAAUGUAUUACUAUCAUUUUUUGAGGAUAUCUAAAAGUUUUUUUUAAGCAAAACGCUCAGUUUUACUAGCUCUACAAGUUUCUAUAAAUGAAACAAUUUUCUGACGAACUCUUGUCUUUUAUGGUUUAUUAUCACUGAAAAUAUCCAUGAAAAAUAGAUGUAACAUUAAUUUUAUCGUUGGUAGUCAGCUGAUUCGAUUCCGAACUUUCGAAUUCAUGCUGAAGUUUAUGACUUACAUGAAAUAUAAAAUAAUUCAAAAUUCCUAUACUUUAUAUGAGAGGUUUAUUUAAACAAUUCACCAGAAUCUACUAGGAUCUAAUAUUGGUAACAAGAAUAUGCACUCUAAAAAAAUAGUUAUACUGCAGAACUCUUUAAAGUUCCGCAUUAAGAAUUCGUCUCGAACCUGAAUGGUUUCGUAUUUUUCCUACUGAACCUUUUUUGCAUUUCACCAAUCAUAAAAAGGUUUCGUAGCUGCUGCGGAACUUAAAAAGGCUCGGUAGAGUACCGAUUUUUUUUAGAGAGUGCGUGUACACCAAAACGCAUCUCAGUUUACAUCCACAUUCUUUAGAACUCAUUUUAUCCUUGAUGCAUUAUUAUCGGGUUUUGUUUUUUUCUUUUUAAGUAUUAACCUAUCGAUCGCUUUCUUCAGUCUGAAUCUUAUGAAAAAUUGAAUGAGUUGAGCAUACAAGAAGCUAGCGGUGUGUCAUUUUUAACAAUCAAAAAUAAAAAUAUGAGAACAUAUUUUUCACCAAUAACAAAUAUGAUAUUAUCCUUUUGAAGUCGAUAAUUUGUAUAGGAAAUUCAAACAUAUGUAUGAAGAUAGUCUGUCACUACGAUGCAAUUUUUCGAUUAACCAAAUAAUAAGGUAUUCUAAUGAUUUGGAAAACAAAUUUUCGUAUUCAUUUUCUAAAUUUCAAAACUGAAAAAGUUAACUACUUUGAAUUCCAACUUACGCAAUUGGUAAAUGAAUACACUUAGAUUUUUGUGUCGAUUGAAAUCUUAUUAUUAAAUAAUUGUAUGAAGUAAAUUUCUUAAUUGUUUGUUUUUUUAGUGUCUUAGUUGAUUACCACAAUAGUUUGUUAGACUUACUGGAAAAUGAAUUAAUAACUAAUGAAAAUCAUACUGUUGGUUCUCUGAAAAAAUUGAUCAAGGAAUUAACAUCAAAAGAUGUCUCGAUUUUACAAAUUGCAAAUGAUAAUACAGGUGUAAUUAAUUUAAAUGAAAAAGACUGUCUAUGGAUUGAACAAUUAUCUCAAACAAGUCUUAUUAAUAACAAAGAACAAUAUUUCAUUACAUCUGGUUCACGAUUAAAGUUUGAUUUUGUCUAUAUUCAAUCACAGAUUAUUCGAACAUAUAUUCUAUUUUGUCGAAUUGACUAUCAUCAUUUUAUUCAAAAAUAUCAAUGUCACACAAAAAGAAAAUCAACAAUAGAUGCUGAAUAUUUAAAUCUCGAUAAAAAAUAUUUGAUUCGAUUAAGUGAUGAGCAAUUUGAAAAUGAAUGGAAUCAUUUGAAAGAUAUUUUAUUAGAUAAAAUUUAUUAUGCUCAUAAUCUUCUAAGACAAAUAGCAUUAACAUUAAAAAAUCAUCAAAAUGAUUUUGCAUCAUAUUAUCUCUUUGAAUUUAUUAAAAUGACUGAUUAUGAUAAUGAUAUUCUUCAACGAUUAGAACAAUAUGAAAUAAAAGAUUUUCAAUUAUGUUAUAUUAAUCAUGUUAUUGAAAUUUAUAAAGAAUCUAUUAGUGGAUUUCAACAUUUAUUUACGGAUAUUUCAUCAUUACUUCGAGUUCAUAUUGAUUCUCAAGUAAAUGAAGAAUUGAUUGAAAAAUUAAAUAACAACAUAUUUAAUAUGGAUGACAAUAAUGAUAUAGACAAAAUUCAAAUAAAAAUUCAAAUAAUUACAAAAUUUCUUAAUGAAUUAAAAGAUAUUGAAGAUAAUCUUCAACAAAAAUCUACACAAUCAUUAAUUGAAAUAUGUCAAUAUUUAGCAAUUGAUAAUCCAAUUAUUUUAUGGUUACCAGAUAGAAUUAAAUGUGAAAAUUAUGUUGAUCUUUAUAUUCAUUUGAUUUGUAUAAGAUCAAAACUUCAAGAAAAAAAA